AUGUCUCGACUACUUUCAAAACUGCCCCUUCGUGCGGCGUCAACAUCCGCCACUACUCAAACCACCAAGGCUGCUGGGGAUAUCUCAUCCGUCUUUCCCAGUCUCCGACCAGAUUACCAGCCUGAGCCGCUACCUCCUCGAUUUCAGGAAUUGAAAACCAAAUUCUUUGAGAAAAAUGAAAAGACCCUGACGGAGAGUUGGAAAAGACUCUUGCCGAGUCUUGAGGCUGAGGUGGAGAAAAUCAAGGCCAAGGGUAGCGAUAUCAUUCCCUCUGUGGAGUACUCUGAUGUCAUUUCUGGAAAGAUCAGUGAAACUACCAUGAAGGAGAUUCGACACCGGGGAACUGUGGUCGUUCGAAAUGUCAUUCCACGAGACAUCUCGCUAGACUACAAACAGCGAGCCCGAGACUAUAUCGCUGCAAACCAAGAGCGUGUAAAGGCAUUCCCAUCCGACUCACCAGCUGUCUAUGAGCUUUACUGGACGCCUUCGCAAGCGGAAGCCCGUGCUCAUCCCAAUAUGUUGGACACCCAGCGCUUUCUGCAACGCCUGUGGCACUCGUCGGAUCCCAAUACCAGAAUCUCAACAAGGAACCCAUUGACAUAUGGUGACCGACUCCGUAUCAGAAAUCCUGGUGACUCCAAGUUUGCAUUGGGCCCCCACGUUGACGGUGGCUCGCUCGAGCGCUGGGAAGAUCCAGAGUACGCGAGUGUUUACAGCAAGAUCCUUGAGGGUGAAUGGGAGCAGUAUGACGCAUGGGACGCCAAGCACCGCCUUUCGGCGAAAAUGGAUCUAUACAAUGGUGCAGGUGCCUGCUCAAUGCUACGUUUUUUCCAGGGAUGGCUUUCCAUGUCUGAUACUGCUCCUGGCGAGGGAACACUUCACGUUUGCCCCAUGGUCUUACACAGCACUGCUUACACCAUGCUCCGACCAUUUUUCGAUCUUCAAAGCCAGAAACCCAACUUGGAUGCCACAUUCCCUGGCUCCGUCCCUGGCGCUGCUCAGGAGUAUAACCCUGUCACACAUCCUCACCUUGAGCUGGAGUCAACAAUGGUUUCGGUACCACGGGUUGAACCUGGUGACUUUGUUGCUUGGCAUUGUGAUUCAUUGCACUCGGUUGAUAAGGAGCACUGUGGUACUGGUGAUUCUAGCGUCAUGUAUAUCCCCGCUACUCCUCUGUGUGACAUGAAUGUCGACUACCUCCUCAAACAACGCGAGGCCGCUUUGACAUACUCACCGCCAUGGGAUUUCCCUGGUGCUGGUGGCCCGGGAGAACGUGGCUUUGAAGGCGCCUUGGAGUGGUCUUCUAUCAAUUCUGAGGGUCAACGUGCGAUGGGACUGGGCGACAUGCCCUGGGAGAUUGAGAGCACUAUGACGGAUGGUGAGAAGGAGGCAGUGCAAGCAGCCAACAAACUCUGCUUCGGUGUCUAA